AUGGCCGGCCGUGGCGUGAGGAUGGUGGGGCUGGCGGCCGCGGCAGCCGCGAUGACAGCAGGGGUGCUCUAUGCCGUGUGGAGCUACGUGUCCUGCCCGCGCACCGCCGCCGAGUCAGAGUUGCCCCGACCACACCAGGGAGAGCCUCGGACUGCUGCUUCUCCGCAAAUGGGGAGGAAGGAGAAGAAAGAAGUGCUUGUAAUGGGGGGAAAGAAGGCCGAGGGCAGCACCUCGGUUGUUCCAUCCCAGAAGCAGUCACAGGACAAAGCCCCAAAUAAGCAAGUCCUCGUGCUGGGCUUGGAUGGAGCAGGAAAGACCAGCGUCCUUCAUACCCUCACCACCAAUAAAGUCCAGCAUAGCAUCGCUCCCACGCAGGGCUUCAAUGCCGUGUGCAUCCACAAUGGCGACGUGCAGGUGGAGUUCCUGGAGAUUGGUGGCAGUGAGCCUUUCCGUUCUUAUUGGAAGAUGUAUCUCUCCAAGGUGCUGGUGUUAAUCUUUGUGGUGGAUUCAGCAGAUCACAGAAGAUUACCUGAUGCCAAGCAGCAUCUUCAUCAAUUGAUCCAGAAAGAUCCAGCCCUUCCUCUAGUUGUUUUUGCAAAUAAACAGGAUCUUGAAGAUGCAUAUUGUAUCACGGAUAUUCAUGAGGCUUUGGGAUUAUCUGAGAUUGGAGAUGAUAGAAAGCUGUUCCUUUUUGGAACCCAUGUAACCAAGAAUGGCUCAGACAUACCUUCCAGCAUGCAGGAUGCUCGAGAACUGAUUACACAGCUGGUUUUGGAAGCGCAGUGA